AUGGCGUUGUACAUAAAUUCAAUCCACUUCAUUGACUCCGAGGCAGUUUCCUGGCCAAUAAUCUAUGUGGCAUCAGCACAUUCGGCAAAUGAAUUUAUUUAUUCAGUUCCAAUGAUACGUGCCAUCUCUGGAAGCGCCUCGGGUGGGCAAUGGACAAACAGGCACGCUUCUUUCAACGCCAUUUACCACCCGGCCACCCAAUUCUGGUCCACGGACAACCGUGAAAUACCCAUGAGAAUGGAGUCCGGAGUUCAUCCUUUAUCUGCCGGUGAACAGAUGUUUUACACCCACAGCACCAGAAGGGGUGAACGGAGGGAUAUUUUCAAGUUCUUCGGCACUCGAGAAGUCAAUUUUAACGCGUGCCGUCGAGUGAACCUGUUCGCGGCUUUGCCCUUUGACCCACGAGCGCGUGUUCAGUGGAUCGGACUUGAGGAUUUUCCAGUGGCUGAAGAAGAAAAUGCUGAGUGUGCUUGGGUGAAUUGGCGUGUGUCGAGGCAAGGGCGACAUGACACCACCAAAUGCUGUGUCUCCCGGCGGGAUGACUUACGCCUGAAAACCGUGCAGGUGCAACUCAGUCGCGUGAUGACCUGCUCCUGGUGGCUGCUGAUCUGCUGCUUCUGCUGCCUCAACUGGCCAGUUCUGGCGUGUCCGGCCGAAUGUAUUUGCUUGUCGCAGACUCAGGUGCUGUGCAAUACGGGCGGGUUGCGUGAAAUACCCGCUCGUCUGCUGCCCGUGACAGUGGAGAAUUUAGCCCUCACGAAGAAUCACUUUCCCGUGAUAAAGAGUGACGCCUUUGGGGGAUUGCGUGCCCUGAAGAAACUCUCACUGGAUGGGAACAAUAUCACCACCAUUAAACCGUUUGCCUUCCGCGGUCUGCCGAGAUUGCGUGAGCUCUCAAUCCAGCACACACCCCUCGCCACUGUGGCACAAUUCGCCUUCGCCGGCCUGCAGAACAUCACCACCAUCCUCCUUAGCCACAACAAAAUCCUCCGUGUCGAGGGGUAUGCCUUUGCUGGCACGUCCAACGUGCGACUCAUCCUUCUGUCCAACAACCCAAUGCUCAAGAUUGACACAUCGGCCUUCUCGGGGCUCACGAACGUGGAGCACCUCAUCUUGCCCUCCGGCAUCCGUACAGUGGAGCCGGACGCCUUUGUGGGCCUGGACACGGUGGGUCUACUCAAGCUGGCCUACAUGGACCUCAGCUCGCUGGCGCCCUUCACUUUCCGCGGCCUGACGAAUGUUCAGGUGCUGUCACUGCAGGAAUCGGACCUGGGUGUGAUCUGUGCCAAUGCCUUCGAUGGCCUGUCGCACGUGGCCACGCUCAACAUCCUCAACAACAAGAUCGAUGCCAUCCAAGAGCUCAACAUUACCGCCACUCACUACAUUCGGCAGAUCAAGAUGCAGGGAAACCACCUGCUGGAGACGCCGGACCCGGAGUCCAUCAUCAUCGAUGGCGUGGAGCACCUGAUCGUGGUGAACAAUCACUUUCCGUGCGGUUGCCACAUCCAUACGCUCCUGGAGACGCCACUGGCCAAUGGCACACACUCAGGCAGCGAUUUCCUGGCCAAGAACUUCUGCAUCUCACCCUUGGAAGUCAACGGGCGGCCUAUGAGCGACCUGGAUUUGUACGCCAUCGGCCGAUGUCAAGAGCAAGUGACGAGGGAGAACCUCGAGGCGUCCAGUGGGCGCACCAUCAACUUCUAUACGGUGCUCUGCUCACUUGUGACCACACUCUAUCUCUCCAUGACCACAUGGAUGGGCAGCUGAGUGUUAAACUAAGCAUGGAGUUGCAGGGACUCCAAACAAGACUAUGUAAAUAUAGGAGAACGGUGUGAGCGAAAUUCAUCAUCAGAUACUAUAUGAAAUUGUGGAUGUAGAGAAAUUUUGUAAGACAACAAUUUCAUAAGAUUCCAUUGAUUUCAGCCCCUAAAAUACCUAUUCUCAGAUUGAGUGCAUAAUGAACAGUGAUAUAGUGAGAUAUUGAACACAUACAUUUUGUUAAAAUUUGUCUGUUUAGUUUACAAAAUGUUUUUGUCUUACUAUGUCACUGAAUUAUAAAAAAAAAUUGAACUGAUAUUAAAAAAAAAUCAAGUAUCAAUUUCGCACUAAUUGAAAGAUAAACGCAA